UUCUCACGAACCAUUGACAGGCAUCACUGUAUGGGGGACUACAUAUUACAAAAUUAUACUGGAUUCAGUUGAUAAGUAGCAGCACCAUGUCAAUGCCCACAGUUGGGACUCUUAUUUUGAUAGGAAGUUGAUGUGGACUUUCGCGCUGACUGUACGCAACUCGCAUUAGAUAUUUUACUAUUUGUAGAUGUAUACCUAGCUAGUUAUUGACAGAGAAGAGCACAUGUUCGGGUGUUCGUUCCAUAGCUCGUGGUGUAUUAUAACAUGUGGACACUGAACCCUUUAGAAUCCGGAGGUGUCACCCACUACCUCCUGCCAGAGAAGGAGUAUGUGGUGGGGCGUAAAAACUGUGAGGUCAUCCUGCCCAAUGACCAGUCCAUCAGCCGGGCUCAUGCUCACCUCACUGCUACAGAUCAGGCCCUGACCCUGAAGGACAGUUCUAAGUAUGGCACGUUUGUUAACGAGGAGCGUCUGUCAGGGGACACCCCUCGCAGCCUGACGGCAGGGGACAGAGUGACAUUUGGGGUCUUUCACAGCAAAUUCAGUGUGCAGCAGGUAACUGUGGUAGUGUGCUCGUCCUGUGUUGAUAAUGAAGGGAAGGUCUCUCUGUCUCAGACCCUGCAGCUUCUGGGUGGCCGGCUGACCAACACCUGGACACAGGACUGCACUCACCUGGUCAUGCCCACUGUUAAAGUCACCAUUAAGACUAUCUGUGCGUUGCUGUGCUGUCGGCCCAUAGUCAAGCAGGAGUUUUUCACUGAGCUCACCAAAGCCCUGCAACAGAAACAACCACCUCCAAAAGCUGAAAGUUUCUUCCCAGAGAUAGACGAGCCCAGUCUGAAUAAGGAUGAGGUGGACCUGACAGAGAGGCCAGAACGUAAAGAACUUUUCACUGGCAAGACCUUCCUCUUCCUCAAUGCCAAACAGCAAAAGCGUCUGAGUUUGGCAGUGAGUUGUGGAGGUGGGAGGAGCCAGCUCUUGGAGGAGGGGUCUGUCCCUGUGUCACUCCUGGAAUCACCAUUGAGCUGUGUGAUCGGCAUGGCAACGGGAAACUCCCAAGCACUACUGCCCCAUUCCACUAAGAAGUGGGCAGACUCUGUGGGGAGGAUUCUACAGAGGAAAGGUGUUCGAUUCAUCACAGAGUCUGAGAUCGGAUUGGCUGCCAUCUAUGUCAGCUGUGACAAGUACUGCAAUCCCUGCAAUCAGAAGGCUGACUCAGAAUCCAUGAGAAUGAAGCCCACCAUCCCUGGCGCCACGCUAUCCCAGAAUGCACCAGUGGACGAGACGGUAAUGCCAGCGGCAUCUCAGAACAUCACAGCCUAUGCUGUAAACACAGAGCCGUCACAGGGCAUCAGUGGGGUGGAUGUGGCUGGGGUGAGUGCAGUUGGAGAGACCCCUGAGAGGGACCAGAGCCGGACCACCUCUCAUCUUAACCGACCCAAACCAUCAGGCCGAGAGCUGGCCGGGACCUGCACAGUGGCAGAGACUAUGAUGUCAUCAUUCAGUGCCUCAGACAGCACUGGUGGUGGCGGCUCGGACAGAAAAAAGGGAGAGCUACAACAUCCAGGUGGAGGGAAAGGUGAUGCUAUCACCAGAUUCCUGGCCACAGCCCCUUGGACCAACGGAGGAGUGCAGACGAUGUCCCCACAGAAGUGCUCCUCCCAGAAACAACAGGUCUCGCAGAAAUGUUCCCCCCAGAAACAGUCUGCCCUCACUAAUUUCUUCCAGCCUGUUGGCAAGAAAAGACCUAGGGAAGGCGAGGAAUCCCCUACUGUCCAAUCAGAGGCCAAGUUCUCCAGGAGGGAAGAAGACAUGGAGAAUACGAAGAGGACAGUACCACAGCACUCGGAGACCUCCAACCCCACCCUCUCCCCCACAGGCAGGUCUCAGGGCCAACACAGCUCAGGUGCACAUCUGUUUCCAGGUCAGAUUGAGGCUCUGUCAGAGGGGUUCUCCAACCCUGCCCAGCAGGGGCUCCAAUCCAGGAAGAGGAAGGAGAUGGAGGAGACUAAAGGGUGUGGGGCUUUAGAGAUAGAGAUGGACGAACUGGAGUCCAUCAUGUCUGAGGACAUGGACGAAUCGGAUGAGCCCAUGUCAGCCAGUCAAGGCCAGCGGUUGAAGCUGACGGAACAGAGUUCAACCAAUCAAGGCCAGAUGUCUCAACUGACAGACAAGAGCUCAACCAAUAGAAAACAGCUCCUAGAGACAGUGGAACUUACCUCUGCCAAUAAGAAACAGCGGGUUUAUCCAGUGGAACCAAUCACAGCCAAUCAUAGGUCAGGCUUGGAUUCAGAAGAGCGAUCGUCAGCCAGCAGACGACAGCGAGCGGAGCCUGUAGCUGAGGUCAAAGACGAAGAGGUGUCUUUCAUUGAGGGUUUAGGGAGUGAGAAUCUCCCCAGCAGACUUAUAGUGGUGGAGUUCAAAUCCCUCACCGUGGCAACACCGGCAAGACCUAAACCACGCCCCAUGGAGACGCACGGCAAUGUCAUCAGGAAGGACUUUAAACGCUUCCGCAAGGUCCCAGUUCCCGGUGCCCAGGGUUUGCCCAACAUCAUCGGCGGGUCAGACCUGUUGGCCCACAACCGAGGCAAGAACUCUGAGCUGGAGGAGUGGCUGAGAGACGCAGCAGAGGAUGAGCGUCAGAACAAGAAAGAGGAGACUUUGGGAGAUGACCUCUUCAGGUACAACCCCAAACCCACCAAGAAAAGAUGAGAGCACCUGGUUGUAACAUGAGAAGCCCUGCAGACAAAUGUUCAUCUUAAGACACAGGAAGGGAUGCCAACACCCCAUGGAAUGUUUUGGCUUCUAGAAUUCACAGUUUGAUAGAACUGCCAUCUCCGCUCCACUAAUAAUGUUCAGGAAUGAAUCUUGAGUUAACUCUGGUCAUUUUGAGUACAAUGAUCAAGAGGGGCCUGUCAAUGACAAAUGUUUUAACAAUGUUUGUCGGUGAUAGAUGUGGGCAGAAAUGUCUAACUUUCUAUGUACUGUACACUAAUUAUAUACCUUGAUUUAGUCACUGAUGGCGAGCAAUGUAAACAAAUAAAUAGGUGUUACGUUUCAAGAUUUUUAUUUGUUCAUAAUAGAAAAUACAGUAUACAAAACAUAUUAGAAAGUCAUUUGAGUUGUACAAGAGAGGAGUCCAACUCUACCACGCACAAAGCAGCGUGUCUGUCUGUUGUGAACAGGAGAAGACCGUGGGUUAUGUGUUGUAAGACAGUAGUAGAAAACCCUGGUUAGACCCCAGGGGUUGGGGAACCUGCUGUUUCCUUUUCUUAUUAAUCAACCCCUAGUUAAGGCACCUACUGUGUAGAUUGGACAUGUAGGUGUAAUUAGCCAUAAGCUGAUGGCCUAUCUGGGGGCAAGGUUGAGUGACUACCACCACCUUACAAUUACACCUAUCCACUGAUUCAUCUUUUCAGGUCUGGAUGUAGUGCUUAAGGGCUGGUUAGUUUGGAAUACAGCAUAUUGACCAGGAACUGUCCAUACAUUUUCAGUUUGCUGAUCUGGUCAACAAUCUAUAUUUUAUCCCAAUUCCACAAUUUGUUUCAUUUUUUCUUUUCUGCAAGCAGCUUCAGUCUUGAGGAUGACUGCAUGCGGAAAUAAACGGCAUAUGAAUACACACAUUCUAAAGGCGACUGAUUGGUUCAAUAAAUGAAUGAAACUCCACCCUCAGUCCUCACAGCUUUACAUACAGUAACAGGUAUUUGGCACAACAAACACAUGAGGCGUAUGAUGGCUGUGUGAAAGUGACAUGGUAUGAGAAAUGUCACAGAGAAUACUAUACGGACCUGGAAUCAGAGCCACAGGCAUAAUAUUUACUCCAUAAUGGCAACCAGAAAAUGUGCAUUUAACAUAGUCAUUAUGACUUCAAUAGGCGAUAGUCAACUCCUGAUAAAUGUAAUGGACUAGCAGUUUUGUAUUCAGACUGAUGGACGUCAAUGAAUGCACCUACAGUUUGCGUUUAUCCAAUGUACACUUAUCAGGAGUCGUCGACUAGUAGUAUUUUAUAGACCCCUUUCUGUGUUUGUUAACAUUGCUGCAAAUUGGUGGCAGCAAAAAAGCCUAUAUUUAGAUGUUACUUGUGAGUGCAUUUCACACUACUUUUGGAUUAUAAUUGGAUUUUAAAGUAUGAAUGUCCUGCUUAAUAUGUUUGUGUUAUCCCAAAUCAACUGCAUUAUACUUAAAAAACACUUCAACUUCAACCAGUAAAAUGGCUAUUUAGCUAGGUUUUGCUAUAUCCUAUGUCAAUGAGCGUUAGCAUUCUAGCUAACAACUGCUGCAUCCCAAAUAGUUAUUUUUCAAAGAUCACAACCAGAUAUAAUCUUAGCGACUGUUCCAGUUAGAAUCAAAACAUCACGGUAAGCAUAUGAGACCCCAAAAAGUUAUUUUGUUGUGAGUAAUAUCGUAAAUAAAUCUAGUCUAUGUUGAAUGGAUGCAGAUGGCGAUGGCUUUCUUACUGCGGCCAAGAGUCACGCGCAUCUGCAUGACUUCAGUGUGUCUAAAAAACACUAUUUGGCAUUUUGUUAUGGUCUAACAUCAAUAGAGAACUCUUAUGCCCCAUUGUUUGAAAUCAGGCUGACAUGUACAGUAAGUUAGCAAUGAGUUAUCUGAUCCAGAAUUACAUUCAGGUCAGGUGUGUGAGUGGAAGGGUUUGCAAGUCAUAGUUGCUCUCGCCGAACCGUGCUCACCCCGAUAUUUACAUGCUGUGCAUGAGGAGCACGAGGGUAUUACACGAGCCCCGCUGUCUGGAUAUCAUUCGCUUUGUCACCCGGUCGCGCUAGGCCCGACGAGCUCUGACAAUUCCGCGUUAUUGGGCUGCGCGUCAGCCGCCUACCUUCCGACCGGAGGCCUUACAGGCGACAUAACCACGAUGCAACACACUCGUGGCGACAAUUCCCAAAAACUCCUCACGUCUAGCGCUUUAACCCAGCCUAGGUUGAACGAGCAGUUCUUCGGCGUAAUCAACGGACUUCCCUACUAACUGGCCCUUCGGGACGCUCCGAUCCGGUGCCGGAGGACGGGGUAGAUCGGGGGUUCCCACCAGUGGCUACCAACCCACUGGCGGCACCUUUUUUCGGGUCGCAGGGGGUGCUACCUGCCUCACUUAGCUCACUCUGCGACCUCUUCUCUCAAUGGCGUCCGCUCGAGGUCACGCUUCAUUCGGCCUAUUUUUAGUGCCAAUCCUUAUCCCAUAGGUUACGGAUCUGGCUCUCUAUGAAUUUUUUUGUUUUUACUUUUCAUUAUGACUAUCUUGCCCGCUAUCUUUAUAUAUGUUCUAUUGGCAUGGCUCCAGGGAUUGGGCCUUAAAUUGUUCUUGUAUUCGUCACCGCUACGGGUGUUGGGGAC